AGCUAAAGCGAGGCUUGACACGCAUUUAUCCGGCGGACCCAUUAGCCAGGAACACAGCUGUGCUGUAUCCAUGGAAACGCGUCUGUCAAGUUUUACAACCUGUUUCUCUUCAUAUGUACUACAGUGAGCCACAUUUUUGAAAUUAAAGGAGGAAAUGGAGAGCUUUGUGCCCGCUGUGAAUCCAGUAAUGAGAUGUGCUUUGGAAGGAGAUAUACCAGUCCUCCAGUCAAUCUUCAAAGAUGCAGCUGGUACCCAGAAUGAGCAAGCCAGCCAAUGGCUUUUGGAGCAGGACAUGCUGGGGAGGAAUGCCCUAUUUUUUGCCUGCAUUGCUGGUCACGAUGAAAUAGUGAAAGAACUUGUUAAAAAUGGAGCAAAUGUUAAAGAGAAAACAGCUAGAGGCUAUUCACCACUACAUUGCUCUGCAGCUUGGGGUCAGCUUGAGGUGUUAAAAGCUCUUGUGGACCUUGGAAGUGAUAUUAUGGCUGUUAACUUUCUAGGUGAAAAAGCAUGUGAUAUAGCUUCCCGGUACAACAAGACAGAGUGUGGUGAUUUCCUCAAAUGGGCUGAGGCCAAGCAAUCUUUGAAGGCAUAUAUAUUACUUAUUCAACAAACAAUGGCAGAUCCAGAAAAGAUCCCUGGCAAACUCCGUAAAGACCAAAAGCUUCAGAUCAACAAUGCUUGCAAAACCAAGAGUGAAUGGCUUGAACACAACAAGAACCCCUCAACACAAGAUUUUAUGGAACAGAAGCAGCAACUAGAAGCUACUGUGCAAGGAAUAUUUGCCAAACUUAAUACACCAAGAGCUGAAAAUGUGAAACCCAAACCAUGAAUGAGAUACCCACUUCUGAGAAGUCAGCAUUGUAGGUGAUAUGGUCAGAAGACCUAGUAUAAAGAAUCAGCAGUUACAUUUUUGUUAAGGCCUAUUAAAAAAGGUAAACUUAGUUUUAAAAGAACAUGUUAAUCAUUGAUGAGAGCAAGUGUGAAAGCCAUGGAAAAGUAUGGGGGAAAAAAAAAAAAUAUAGGUAUUUUUGCACUCCUAACCAAUUAAAAUGUUAUAUAAAACCACCCAAACACCUCGGACACAAAGCUAUAACACAACACAUGACAAUGCUUUCCAGUUC